GACUUGCCUGAAAACCAGAGGUAGGAGGACACUCGUGUGUGGUGUCCGCCCCUCUCUGAGAAGUAAAGAGUUAACGGAGCGGUGGGUUUGCCCAUUCUCCUGCUGUGAGUGACGCGAUCAUCUCUCUUAUCCCUCAACUUUGCCUGUUGCCAGACCAGGCAGCCGAGGUGGACGCUGGCUAUCACCGCUGACAUUCUUAACGCGAUCCCACCAAAACAAAAAUAUGCUCCCUCACCUUGUUUAUGUAUUUUCCCGCUGACUUCUCAGUGCAUGCCCUUAUUCCAGUGACGAUGGUUUUUAGUUUUUCUUUUCAUCGGACUCCCCGAUGUUGUGCAGUCUACUACACGAAGGCGUGAAUCUUUUUUGAGUAGAGGUGGAUCUUCCCGGAUACGGCGAGGGGGCAGCUAUAUGAAAUAAAAAGAAGACUUCUCACGGAAAUCCCCACAGAUUAAAAAACACAAUGCCACGGAGGAAACAAGAAGCGCCGAAGCGCGCAGCAGCUUAUUCUCCCGACGAGCUGACAGAGCACCAUGUGGAGGAUGAGGAAGCAGAAGCGGACGACCUGCCCUCAACCCCUCAGGACGACCUUCCCAUGAAAGAUGAGUUUGUGGAGCAAAGUGUAGAGACUGCCAAGGAGCAGCCAUGUGACCAAGAAUCAGCUGAGACCACAGAGCUCUCAGGACAAGAGAUGGACAGUGAGUCACAUGUGAGUGAGACUAGUGACCGUCUUUCAGACUUCGAGAGCCCCUCCAGAAAAGUUGAGGGGAGCGUUGUCACAGCAUCUAUAAAUGCUGACAGCAAGACGCCUCCCAUAGGCGUGGACACGUUAGAACAAAUGAAGGCUAUCUACUCCAGCUUUCUCACCAGCCCCUUGUGGUCACCACUAAAUUUUAACUCCACACCUCUACCGGCGCAGUCUUCGACUUCUGCAGAGAAGCCAGCUCGCAGUAACAGCACCAGUAGCAGUAGUAGCUGUAGCAGUGGUAGCUAUGACUGGCACCAAACUGCAGUGGCAAAGACACUACAGCAGCAUCCUCCACAGAGCCGUCACCCCGCUCAGUCAGAGCCCAGUCUCUUUAGUACAGUCCAACUCCACAGGCAAAACCCAAAGCUGUUUGGCUCAAUCUUUACUGGGGCCAGUAAAUUCCGUUGUAAGGGCUGUAGCGCUGCUUAUGACACUCUGGUGGAGCUGACAGUUCACAUGAAUGAUACAGGCCACUACCGUGAUGACAACCAGGACAAGGCAGGCAGUGGCGCAAAGCGCUGGUCUAAACCACGUAAGCGGUCCCUGUUGGAGAUGGAGGGAAAAGAGGAUGCCCAGAAAGUUUUGAAAUGCAUGUAUUGUGGCCAUUCCUUUGAAUCCCUCCAGGACCUCAGUGUCCACAUGAUCAAGACCAAACACUACCAGAAAGUGCCUUUGAAGGAGCCCAUGGCCCCUGUGGCAGCCAAAAUCAUGUCUUCAAAGAAGCGGGGACUUGUGGGGUUAGACCUCAGUGCUACACCGCGCUCUAGAGAAGGAACCCCUAAAGCUAAACACCUACAAGGAGAACUUAGUGAAUCCUCACAGAAACCUUCCUCCAGCCCAUACACUCCCCAAAAUAACCGCUAUGGACACCAGAAUGGUGCUAGCUAUGCUUGGCAAUUUGAAUCCAACAAAUUUCAGAUCCUCAAGUGCAUGGAGUGUGGGAGUUCCCAUAAUACACUCCAAGAGCUGAGGACCCACAUGAUGGUGACAGGACACUUCCUGAGGGUGACCAGCUCUGUGGGAAAGAGAAUCAAAACACUUCCCGAGGCUACCUCCCCCAAUCCCGGGAGAGUUACCACACCUACAGAACAGAGGGUCCAGUCUGUACCUCUUGCACCCUCUACCUUCUCCCCUCCGCCUCUUCAAACUCAACUUACCACAACUCCCCCGGCCACCUCCCCUCCCCUCAAAGAGAUCAAGAAAGAGGAGGUUGAGGAGGAAUGCACUAAGCAGGAGGCAAUAGGAAAUGAAAAGCAAGUUGCAGUUACUGUUAGUAAGGAGGAAGAUACUGAGAGGGAGGAAAAAUACGACAUUUCAAAAUAUAACUACCUUACCGAAGAGGACCUGAAGGAAAGCCCUAAAGGGGGAUUGGAUAUUCUGAAAUCACUGGAAAACACUGUGACAUCAGCCAUCAAUAAGGCACAGAGUGGCAAUCCAAGCUGGGGAGGCUAUCCUAGCAUCCAUGCUGCCUACCAGUUCCCCAGUGCCCUUAAGCAAGGAAACAUGGAAAAGAAUUCACAAAUGAAGUUCUUGUUCAAUGGAGGCGAUGGAGUGCCGUCCUCCCUUGCCAAGAACCAGCCCCUCAUUUCCCCACCACUUAGUCAGUCAUCACUUUUUCCCAGCAACAACUUUCAGGCAAUGGAAGACUUAGUGAAAAAAGUGACUGAGAAAGUAGCAAAAGUAGAACAAAGAGUUAAGCAGUUAUCUCCAAAGAGGGAGAACCAAUUCUCCCCCUGCAGCAGUGAGGCUGGAGAAUCCCACAAGGGAGGGGAGGCAGACUCGCCUCGGGAAUGGAGGGAAGUUACCCCAACCAAUAGCGACAGGGGAAGCCAUGGUGACAGAACAUCUCCAGCAACCGAACCCAAGAGAGAAGCAGCAGUGAAAUCCCCGCUUGCCUCUGCACUGAGAUGCAGCACCGCCAUUAUCACUGGUCACACUCCUCCAGAGCAGCCCUUUGUCAACCCUCUAAGUGCUCUUCAGUCAGUAAUGAACAUUCACUUGGGGAAAGCAGCCAAGCCCUCUUUGCCAAACCAAGAUCCCUUGAGUCUCCUCUCUAGGCUCAGCCAGAGCAUGGCUGAGAAGGCCGCUGUGGCUGCUCCUCCAUCACAGACCAAAAAGCAAAGUGUAGCUAAUAACAAUAGCUUUUGCCAGCCAAAUGAUGACCAACCCAUGGACCUUACAAAAGGGAAAAGCGAUCGAGGGGACUCUGUAAACUCAGCUCCUCUAACGCCCUCAUCCACGGCCUCCUCAGUCUCUCCCAUCUCUCUUGUUACUCCUGCAAAGCUAACAGUGGUCUCUCCAUACACAUCCAGCAGCCCUCUACACGAAAAUGCAUUGUCGGAUAUCUCAGACAUGCUGAGAAACCUUACACAGUCCCACCAUGUCACAAAGUCGGCGUCACGCCCACGUGUGACAGAUAAAACUGAAGUUGUGGGCUCUACCCACGACGAUGAUGACGUGUCCCUGCAUGGCCACAAACGAAAGGGUCGUCACUCCAACUGGAACCCACAGCACCUCCUUCUUCUGCAGGCCCAGUUUGCCUCGAGCUUGAGGCAGACGUCAGAGGGGAAAUAUAUCAUUAAUGACCUCAGCCCACAAGAAAGAAUGCACAUAUCUCGUUUCACCGGUCUCUCCAUGACCACCAUUAGCCACUGGCUGGCCAACGUGAAGUACCAGCUACGGAGAACGGGCAGAACGAAGUUCCUGAAGAACCUAGAUUCCGGUCAACCUAUAUUCUUCUGCAGUGACUGUGCCUCGCAGAUUCGAACCCCAGCAGCUUACGUAUGCCACCUGGAAGCCCACUUGGGGUUCAGAAUCAGGGACCUGGCCAAACUGUCUCCCAAACAGACUGUCAGGGACUCUCAGACUCUCACUGAGAAAGUAGUGCCCCUGGAGUCCUUUCUUCCUCCACAGUCGCAAGAUGACUGCAGUAGUAAUGGGGGAGUUUAUCGCUGCCAGCUCUGUGUCCGUAAGUUUGCCACUAAGCAUGCCAUCAAGCUUCACCUCAGCAAGAGCCAUGGGAAGUCUCCAGAGGACCAUCUGCUAUACGUGUGUGAGACGGAGAAAUGUUAAAUCCCUCUGAGCAGUAGAAAUACUGUAAAACAUAUGUAGAAUGACAGACUGUUAAAAAAGAUAAAAUGAAAAACAAAAUAUUUGAAAAGUGUGGUAAUGCACAAAGUUGCCAUGAACUACUGUUAAAAAUUUCAGCACAAGGUGUUUACAUCUAUUCAGCCUAUACACAUUUCUGAUUUCUCUGUAUUUCAAAAGACAUUUAUUUCACUUUAAAAUAUACUGUAGGUCAAAGCUAUUCAGCUCCCUCAGUCUGUGUUCACGUUUGUGAGACGGAUUGUUUCACGAUUAUUUCGGUGAAUCUUUUGACUCGAGAGUCAACUAUUGACUUGAAAUGUACUAAUUUUAUUGUAUUUAUUUUGUAUUUUUGUGAGUUUGCUUUCGAUUUGCUGGUAGACUGCAUGUUUUACUGUUACAUUUGUACAGUCCUAUCCUGUCUAGAUUUUAAAAUGCCCUUCCAAACUGGUCAUCAACACAUUAAAACAGCCAAAUGCCUGGGAAAGCUCCUUUAAAGAAUCUGCCAAACAGCAGAAGUUCAUUGCUUGUUUUAUAGUUUUCUCUGUGCGGUCUUGUUUUUUUGCUGAUUGUAAAAGCUGCCUUGUUCUUUAUCACUGAUUAAGGGGCACUAAAAUCCAGGUCUGUGUAAAAAUGUACAUAUAGUGUGUAAGCUUAUGAUUUGCUGUUUAAAUUAUGCAUACUUGUUAUAUUUCCUAAUUUAAGAGGACUAUGACUAUCCACUGGUGCAGAGCCUUUGAAGAAGAUUAAAAAGGACACUGUUUUGCACAAUAGUUUUAUAAAUGUUAUUUGAUAAAAAAAAAAAAAAACAAUACAGAUAUGUUAAUGCCUUGUGCUUCUAUGAUUAAAUCAAAUUAAUUGCUGCAAAAAUACAUUGUGUUCUUUUAUAUUUGUUGAUCAGGGUGGAUUUAAUGAAGACAAACAUCACAGUAUUGGCCGAAUGUUGCCGAAAAAAGAGAACCUCAGCCCUCCCCUCUUUUGUCCCACUUUGAGUAAGCCUUUACAAAUCAGCUGCUCACCAGGCUACAUCUGCAGAUACACUAAACAGAACUUUAAAACUCAACAUUUUCCAGUGCAGUUGUCUCCACAACUACAAUUUGUCAAGCGUUUGCGGUGAUUUCUAUGCUGUUGCGUUGUUGUGGAGCGGACUGUAGAGGUGCAAGCGGUGCCACUGCCUGCAAGGCGUCUGGCAGGUGGUGUGUGCUGCAUGUAAACCACCAGAUGUUUCUGAAACGAGCCACUGGAGGAGGAGGAGGAGGAGGCAGGCGAGCUGCAACAGCAGGCAGAGUGGGCUGAUUACCACGGGGGCUUGGAUGCCAUCAGGAGCCCUGGGCAUAGACAGCAGAUCUGGCACACACCUGGACUCCAAGACUGUCCCUUGAAAAAAAUAAAGCAGAUCCUAUAUACGCACACUGAGACAAGUUGACAGUGGUGCAGAAUGCACAGACAGGUGCUAUUCCCUCAAAGCAGGCUUUUGGAUCUAACAAUAUUACUGGCAGGUGUUGAUGCUAUCAGAGUAGUCACAAUUCAGGCUCAGUGCCAUAUAAUGAGAGUGUUGUUUUUUUGUUUUUUUAAUAUUUUUCAGCAGGCGUGAUGGAGGCGCACGCACACACGCACGCACACACACUCGAACGGUCAUAUUUACUCUUUCAAUUUUUGACCAGCUACCUUAGCCUUACUCGAAGACGCCUGGGGACAUCAUGUUCUUUGUGUUUGAUGUUCCCACCUUUGCUUGUCAUGACUGACUGACUAAGUGACUCAGGGCUGGGGAAGUUAUAUGGUUACUAUGACGACGGCCAUUUGCCCAGCCUCUAACCCUGCUCGUUCACUCAGCAGAGGACAGCUCGAGUGCAGCACACCCAUUUACUCUCUUAAAUCUCAUCAUCUCGCUUCAGUUCCUCCCACCCGGGAACAGAUUAAUUAACACACACACACUGUGUCCUGACCCCGUCUUCUCACACAAACUCAUUACCGCCUCAGACUUGCUCCCAGCCCUCCGACGUUUAGGAUACAUUGGUGAAACGUUGUGGGAGAACCCAGCGAUGACUCACAUCUGACAAGCAGAAUAAAGCCCUUAACAAAGGAUGAUAAUUGAAAGAUGGGAUUCGGGCCGGUAGCCAUUGAUAAUGCAAAUGAAAAAGGCUGAGCACCCUUAUUGAAUAUCUUGUGAGUUUCCAGAGCUUACCGAGUCCUCGCAGAUAUAAAAUUACCUCUCAGACGUGAUCAAUUUUUUUCACCACUGUAUGUGUUGAUAACGCUUUGGGCUUAGUGAUGGACUUGGGGUGAGGAUGGUUGGGGACAUUAAUGAGAUGGUUGACACUUUGGGGGUUAAUGAGGGGCUGGAGGGAGAAGGCUAAAUGAUUGGACUUCUGCUUGAAUGAGCAUUAUAGUGGCUGCUGGAGAGCAAUGUAGAAGGAGCAGCUUUACUAAAGCCAAUUAUUUAGAAUGAAGAACACAAACCUCCUCUCAGUUGUAUUUUUCUGCAAUAAUAAAGAGGAGAUUAGAUGUGUUAUCCAUUGUUCUUUUGUCUUGACUUUCCUUGAGGGUUGGGUAGUUACAGACGCCGAUGCGCCUCGAUGCUCCUAAAACAAAGUCAGCAGUGAAGGGGGAAGGAAGGAGGCGGACAGGACAGGGAUAGGAUAGGAGGACAAUGAGUCCCCCCACUCCUCCACUCCACAGAUCUCCCAUCAGCUCUUGUCAUCCCUCUAAUGAAUAUCAGUUAAAUUGCUCUGUGGAUCUGAGGAGUUUGGAUGUCAAUGUGAUUUGUGUGAGUGUGGCGGAUGGAGGGGCCCAGACUAAUGAAAGGCGAGCCUAGCCUGACAGAGUGAUGAGCAUCAAGACCAUCAGACCAAUCACACAAGAGUGGCUGACAGUGCCAGCAGACAGACAGCUGAGAAGGAGAAACUAUGUAUUUAGGAAAACAAAAUGGCUGCCAAAAUAGUGGUGGAUGUCUUCAGAGCACAGUGAUAUAGAUCACUCCUGUCUCAGUGUGCACGAACAGUUAAGCUGAUCCAGGCCACAAUGUUAUGUGCAAGUAUGUGUUUCUGGAAAUUCGUAAAUUGCAAUUUCUGUAGGGAAAAAAAGCCGGCCUUCUUCCCUUUAAUCAGAGAAAAUGUUAAAAUAUCAACAGGUCAUGGAGAUAAAAUUAUUAAAAGGACAAAAAAAUAGUUUUUGUCUAGGUUUGUCUUGGCCUGACAUCAUGUGUGAUGUUGCUGGCUACAAUCAGCUCCCCACCCCAUCAUCUCCUUGCGUGAUGAGACGGAAGACAAUGUACGAAGUGUUGCCAAUUCAAAUAGCCUCCAUACCAAAGAUGAUACAAUGUCUUCUGACAGCAGCACAGGAGUCAUGGGUUGAGUUGGCUUCACCUUGGACCCCUAAUCCGUGUCGCUAAUGUAUGGGAGGAGUCGCACGCGUCUAUGACAAGCGAUAUAGAGGUCAUGGCCCGCCAACAUUUGUGCAAAAAGGAACUGUUUUCAUAUUAAGAAAGUCGCAGUGUAUAACAGGUUUGAGUUAUCCACAAAAUGCCACGAUUAUGAACAGAAGCGGUACAGAGAUUGGAAAGCAGACAACUUUCAAAGAGACAAAGAGGUGAGUUUAAGGUGUCUGGAUUCCCAAAUGUGCCUUCUUUAGCGGGUGCAAGUUUUCAUGCCGCUGUGUUGCAGUGCUCUGGCAUUGCCUGAGAUAGCUGUCAGAGGUAUUUUGGUGUGAUAUCUGACAGAUUUGCUAAAGACACUCGUCUCAGGGCAGUACUCUAUAUAUUGUUAGUUUAAUGCACAAUGACAUGACCAAUUAUAGCGAGCUCCAUGCUCAAAUAGCAUGUCAAAACCUGUGUAUCAAUCCAUUAGAUCCUGUCUCCCAUCACAUUAAGUGGUACCUUUAGCUAUCUGUUCAGCAUGUAAAGAAAAAUGCUGACUGAAUGGAAAAUCUGCCAGUGCUGCUCACAGAACUGAUGUGUUUUGGAGAAAGUCUCUCUCUCUCUCUCUCUCUCUCUCUCGCUCCUUCUUUGUCUCUCCUUCCCUCUCUUUGCUGCUCUCUCGCUCACUUGCUCAUCCAAGCCACGGAGCUCAAAAUGCAUAAACAAUACAUCUAGAUAAUGGCCCGCAUUGUUUACUUAGCUCUGAAAAUGUAUUUGUGCAAAACUCUAAAAUGCAUUUAGGAGGAAUCAUUCACUGGGUGUAAAGCCUUGUUGACAUUGGGGUGCUCUCAAAAGCAGGGGAAGUGUCAUAACAACAUCAUAUAUCACUGUAUCAAUUGGAAUAAGAGGGUAUGAUGUGCACUAGUUGUAACAAACCAGCGGAUUCCACCAGUAGCUGCUUUGCCUCUCCCAGUAUUUCUGCAUCAACCUGCUUCGUUGGCCACGACAGUGGGUGGGAGGAGGUAUAUGAUUUAGUGCAGUUGGUCCUAACGACCUCUCUGUCCUUGUGACGAGGACACUCAGCCUCGGGGCUCUGGCAUGGAGGAUGUGCCUUGGACCGCCUGGCACCUCGCCUGGCACCACGCGUGGCAACACGUCCACACUCUGCCACCCUUCUGAUGGAUUGGCCUGUCUCUAGUGCCACCUUCAUGAAAUCACUUUUUGAUUUGUUGUCAUGUUUUGCUCCUUUUUUUCCUGCUACUUGGGUUUUUCACGGGUAAGAACACCCUCUGGUCAGGUAUUACAAGAGUGAUUAAAUUAACCUUCAAUAAAUCAGCAUAAUAGAGCAUUACCUGCGAGUGUGUGUGCGUGCCAGCCUGAUGAUAUGAAGGUGUGCGAUCAAGAGGUCAGCAUCAAAUGUCCAUCCAUGACUACUCUAUGAAACACAGUUGCCCCGUGGCUGAAGAUGCUCUUUCCGAUGUGCCAUUUCACAGGAAACACAUCAAUAAGGCGCGAUUACAAGGCUGACAAAAUUAAUCUCAACUGUCAUUUCACAGAGCUCGGGUUUGAGAGUGCUCUGAUCAAGUUACAUUAGUGGAAAGCUACUGAAUGAUUUGGAGUGGAAUCAAAAUCCAUUUGACUUCCCUUCUGUUUGGCAAAGGCAUAUCAUUAUCUAGAAUCAUUUCUUAUCAGAUAUAAAUGACAUUUAUGAGUGCAUUACAUUCCAGGCUUCAGGAUUUAAAGUUAACCUAUCAUGAUAUACUUUAUCUUCUGUCACAUGUACAGUGCUGUGCAAAAGUCUCAAGUCACUGUUCAUUUCUUUAUCUUUUGCUUCCUUGGUGCAAGGUUUCUUUUGAAUUUUUGAAAGUGGUCUUGAUCAGUAGUUCCCAAGACUAUUCCCAAGUUUUUUUCUUUUUCUUUUGGACAUUGUAAGUCCAGUUAUUGUACCUAACUAUUUUCAUUUUUUCUGAGCCACUUAAUGCUGACCUAUGAAUUAUUCAAGCAUAAAAAGGGAUAACUCAUCCCUAACUCAAGGGAUAAACCAGUGUUGUGUCUGCACAAAACAGACAACUUAUCAACAAACCAGUUUCAAUUGUAUCUUUAGGUACUAAGUCACUAGUAGCUGUUACAAAAGCACAUCAUUUGUUCCCUCUUCUUUAGUUGAAUCUAUUACAAAGAUAAUACCGUUUGAUAGGCAUAAAACAAUAUAUUUUCACCAAGAAGAUCAUUCCCAAAGAGCCAAUAACUUCAAACUUAGCAUUUCUCAGCAUGCUGUGCAGUGUUUCCCUAUAAAAGUUGAGGAAAUUGGACAUGUAGGGGACCAAAGAAGAACUGGCAAGCCUGAAGAAUUAUCUACACAAGAUAAACACUAUCUGAAAGUCAUAUCCUGAAGAAAGAGGGAAAAAAUCCAGCAAAGACCUGACAUGGGACCUAAGAG